CACCUCUUUGCAUCUGAACUCGGGGUUAUAUUAGAAAGAGUUUCAUAUAUUGUUUUUUUAUCAGGCUCACUGAGAGUGCAAUAAUUUACUGUUGAGUCUAACUGCAGCAGAGCACAAAUUAAAUCUGUCAUUGUAUUUUUCAUACUUUUUGGGACAGAGUUUAAGCUCCAUUUUUGUUUUGAGUGAAUCUCUACAAAUUGUUUAAUGUGUAUCUGAAGCUGUUAAAGCGGCGUGUUUUACUUUCUUGUUGACGGGUGUUUUCCCUAAUAAAAAGUAAAGCACCACCUCAGUUUAAUCCCACCGUUAAUAUAGUUCAUCCACAUUUUGUUACACCGGCACCAUGCUGUCCAGUGUGCGCCGGCACAGCCUCCGCCUGCAGACCGAGCUCCACCGGUGGAGCAUCUGCGACCCGGGCAGCCACCUGCUCACCGACAGCCUCCUGGCCAGGGUCCCCGCCUGCAUCUCCCGCUCCAAAUCCUGCACCAGCUACACCGGGGAGUCGGACGGGGGCCGCUUGAGCUGGUCGUCCUCAGACUCGGUCAUAUCCACCGACUCUACCGGGGAGCCGUCGGAACCCCGGAGCCCGUACCGGGUGGUGCUGUUGGGGGCCAGCGGGGUCGGCAAAACAGCCUUCGCCAGCAUCUUCGCCGGGGCAGCGGACAUCAUGGACAGCGAGGACUGCGAGCUGUGUGGAGACGAAGUGUGUGAGAAGGAAAUUGAAGUGGACGGAGAGCCUGCAACUAUAACUCUGCUUGACACAUGGGAUGCAGAGACUGACAACGAACGGGCUCAGGAGCACAGCAUGCAGGCAGGUGAUGCCUACCUGUUGCUGUACUCUGUUACUGACCGGGCCUCGUUCCUGCGAGCCUCAGAGCUCCGGAUAACCCUGCGGUGCUUUCGUCCUGCUCAGCACACACCGAUCAUCCUGGUGGGAAACAAAUGUGACCUGGUGCGACGCAGAGAGGUGUCAGUCAGCGAGGGUCGUGCCUGUGCUGCUGUGUUUGACUGCAAGUUUAUCGAAACCUCAGCCGCCAUGCAGCACAACGUCUGGGAGGCUUUUCACGGCAUGGUGCGACAGCUGCGUCUACGCCGAGACUCCAAGGAAGCAAACAAGCGUCGCAGGCACAUAAACUGUAACACACGCCGCGAGAGCCUUCCUAAGAAGGCCAAACGUUUCCUCAACAAAGUGAUGGCUAAGAACAAUCCCAGUGUGGCGUUCAGGCUAAAAUCUAAGUCCUGCCAUGAUCUCUCUGUGCUGUAGGAGCCUGACAGACACUUUUAACUCUACACCAAAUCUAUAGAGCAGGUCAACAAAUUACAGAAUAUGUUGACGCCUGCUUCUGAAGGACUAAAAUGGUUGGAUGAUUGAAGCCUCAGUCCUCAGUGUGUUCACACUGAGCCAGCCUUGUGCAACAUUUCUGCACCGCAAUCCAUAUGUUGCAGUCUAAGCCACACUGAGUGGAAGAGCUCAGCCUCUCCAAGGGACAGGACAAUCAACAAAACACUUGUUGUGUCUGUGUGGCAUAAACGUUGGAGGUUAGAGAUCAGCAGAUGAAAAUGAGAAAAGGACGGGAUGUUUCUGUGUUUUGAACAAAUACAUUUGUAUUAUCCUUUUGACUCCUGCCUUCUCUCUUUCAUCAUCCUUUUGCUCUCAUCCCUGCCAGAUUUGACGUCUGUCGAUCCCCAAAGUGCUAAGAUUACCAGUUGUAAGCUAUUGAUGAUUAAGUAUGAGGAUGACCAUUUAGUUGUGACUUUGAGUUUAUUUAUAAUGUGUUAUAUUUUGCACUCACUGUAAAUAAAUAACAGGUUUGAUGAUGUAUUUUGCUACUUGUAUGUUUCAGUGUUGCUUAUUGAAAUGAAGUGACAUCAUCCGCUUUUGUCUGUCAUCUCAAAAUUACGAAUGAGAUAUUACCAUGUGUGACUCAGCUUUGACACAAAAGAGACACAACUGCGCUGAGAAAA